AUGCUAAGAACUACUAACACAAUCAAUAGAGUAACAAUAAAACAAUCGUCUACAACAAAGAUAUUAAGAACAAAUCCUUUAAUACUAUCUUUCAUACCAUUACAACAGAAACAACAACACACAUACUUACAUACUUCCCAAUCAUUAUAUGCUAAUGGAGGUAAGUCACCAUUAGACGUCUUUCGUGAAACUUUCAAACAGGAAUGGAAUCAAUCAAAAGAAUUGCAAGAUAAUAUUAAGCAAUUACAAGACGCCAGUGGCCGUUUGGCUGAUAAUGAAACUUUAAAGAAGGCCAGGGAAGCUACACAACGUUCAAGUACCAUUUUAUCCAAGACUUUAAAAAAAACUGGUGAAAAAUUAGAUUCUGUUGCUACCAAGGCAUGGGAUAGUGAGGUGGGUAAAGGUACUAGGAAAAUAGUUAAUGCCACUGCUGAAACUAUUGAUGAAAAUGUUAUUGAACCGGUCAAGAACACUAAAGUUUACAAAGAAGUUAGUUCAACGUUAAGUGAUGGAUCAAGUACUGCUUACGGUGGGUUUCUUACCAAGGAAGAAAGAGAAUUUAAAAGACAAGAGGCCUUGCGUAAUAGGAAGAUGGCCACAAAAAGCAAUGAAGAUGCCGGAACAGCUCUAGUAGCUACAGAUAUCGAGUCCAAGCAAGAUUUCACCAAAAAAUUACAAGAUUUCCAAACUAAAACCACCGUGGGUAGGGGUUUGCAUCAUUUUAAAAUUAAAUUCUGGGAUGAGAGUGAAAACCCGUUAAUUGUAUUAUUAAGAACUAUUAAAAAUAAAGUCUCUGGUUUCUUCUUUGCGGAAACUGAAGCCAGCAAAGUUAUGGGCCAAUUCCAUUUAAUGGACCCUACUUUCAAUUUAGAGGAUUUCAACAAAUAUUUAAGAGAAUUUGUCGUUCCAGAGGUUUUGGAAGCUUAUAUCAAGGGAGAUGAAAAAGUAUUGAAGACUUGGUUUAGUGAAGCUCCUUUCAAUGUUUAUAGUGCUCAAAAGAAAUUUUACACACAACAGGGGUUAUUCUCAGAUGGUAGAAUUUUAGACAUUAGAGGCGUUGAAAUAGUUAGUGCCAAAAUGUUACCUGCUGAUAUCCCGGUUUUGGUUGUCGGUUGUAGAGCUCAAGAAAUACAUCUUUAUAGAAAUGUUAAAACUGGUGAAAUCGCCGCUGGUACAGAAAGUAAUAUUAUGCUAAGUUCUUAUGCCAUGGUUUUAACAAGAGAUCCUGAGCAUGUUGAUGAUAAAUUAACUGAAGGUUGGAAAAUUAUGGAAUUUGUUAGAGGUGGCAGUAGAUCCUUCACUUGA